UUAUGAAAUAGGUUUCUCAAAAGGUCUGUGCUGACGUUCCAAGAAAGGUUAUCUGGAUGCCCAUUGUCCUAUUUCCCACCUUUGACCCUCAAGUCUGAGUCACCCACAGCACCUCACGAGUGUUCCAUGAUGUCGAUUAUCACAAUGAGCCUCUGCUUUGGCCCAUUGACCCAACACCCCACGUCAACCUGCAAUUCGGGUGGCGCAUCGAAUUCAGCUCGCCUGAAGAUUCCUUUGGCCUCCAUCACAACGUUCCGCGUGAAAUAUAAAGUGCGCGGCAGUUUUCGAUGCAAGUAUACUCUAUGGUCAAUUCUCUGCCACUGUUCUACUCAACGAUGAUCACUGUUGAAGAACUACCUCCAUUCACGUCCUUCAUAUAUAAAGACGAACCUCGAUACCUGAAGCUUGAAGUGCUGGGGCCCGAUGAACUAAAUCAAGUUCUGGACUAUAUUGAAAAGAACAAGAACAAAGGCGCAAAAUACUUGAAGGAAGUACGCGAGGCCGUUUUUGUCUUGUCUCAGGAGCAUCUUGAAGCCGAUUCCGAUCAAACCUCCUCUAUGACGUCUGUCUCCUACUGCGAACUUAUCAUCCGAUUUCUCCGGGACUACGCCUGCGUGUCAUGGGACGUGACCCUCAGUGGAUUGCAAGUCUUCCCUCUCAAGUACCUCCAGAAGCUAGAUGCUAGAUGUGUCCCCGUCUGCAAGCUCGCCUUGAUCGACUGUAAAUUCGAGAAAUUCGACGAGCUCCUUGCCUUGCUUUCGAUUUUCCAGCCCUUCUGGAAAUUUGGACUGGUUAGGACAACCUGGUCGAAUGCUGUAAAUGAAUCACAGAUACAGUUGAAGUCCAAAGAGUUUCGACCGCACUUCUAUUACUUGCGGAAACUAACUAUCUACGUUACGAAUGCUCUCGAAGUAGCCCUCUGGAAACCCAUAAUGGAAUACCCCUGGUUGCGAAUAACCGAUCUUGCAAUCACUUGGAAUAAGGAAUACGACCUCAUUCCCACAUUUCAUCUAAUGAGACUUCCUUUGUGCCGAAUCCUACGCAUCAAGAUUGUCUCGCGACCCGUUCCUCCGACUGGAUAUCCCCUAUCGGACUCAGCGCCUAGAGCUAGUGGCACUCUCAGAUGGAUGGCUCAACUUUUCCCUUCGUCUUCAGCGCCUGGACCAGACGACGCCUACCCACGCUACCCUGCAAAGUCUCCCAAUUUCGGAGUGAACGACACAACCUACAAAGACUGGCUCAACUACGUCGAGAUCGAUUACUCGGAGAUGGACGUUUCUUUGUUUACCUCACCGGUAUGGCGUGAUCUGGAUAUCAGGCUGAAGGGACUAGUUUGCAAGAAUCGUUACAACGGGAUUAAGCGCGUAGUGUUCAAAAGUCCAGCUUGUCUUAAAGGACAACCGGAGCGUGCUUGUGGUUUAUUCUUCAACUGCAUCCCAAGUUUGGGAGACGAGGCUUGUGGUAUGAUUGACAUUCUAGAGGCAGACGACUCGACGGAACAGUUGCCCUACACUUAUUUUAAGUUUACCUAGCUUACUCGCUGGACAUGGACGGUCGUAAUUCUAUUCUUGCAUGUAUGCUCCCCCUCAUUGCUAGUCAAUGUAAUAUCAUUACAAC